CCCCCACAACCUUAUAACUCUCCACGCCCUGAUCAGUCCCCACAACCUUAUAACCCUCCGCGCCCUGAUCAGCCCCCACAACCUUAUAACUCUCCGCGCCCUGAUCAGCCCCCACAACCUUAUAACUCUCCGCGCCCUGAUCAGCCCAAAACUGGAUAUGAUUCACAAUCAACUCAACAACCAAUUCAACAACAAGCUCCUAGUAAAUAUUCAUCUAAGCUUCCAUGUACGGAAAUUCUUGCAAAGCACGCUGAUGAACACCAUUCCACAUAUUCUGGUCCAGAGA